GAGACGAGCUGCUCCGCAUGACGUUCAGCGUUGCUUGUUCGCAUACAGAAAGCGCCAGCCAUUGAAACUAGUCUGGACUUGUAGGGAGAAAGUAGCAGACCACCUACACAUGGCAGAGUGGAACGCGUACUACCGGAAUGAGGAUGAGGAUGAAGAGCAAGAGGAAGGAGAGCAGUCUGGAGGAUAUUAUAAGGUCACAGGGAGGGACAGUUUGGUCUUCUUGGUUGAUGCCUCCAAGGAAAUGUUCAUCAAAGGAGAAGAUGGACAGCCGUCUAACUUUGACUUAACCAUGCAGGUUGUGCGCAGCGUGUACACCAGUAAGAUCAUUAGUAGUCACAGGGAUCUGAUGGCUUUGGUUUUCUUUGGCACAGAGCAAAGCAAAAAUCCAAGGAACUCAUUCAAGCAUGUCUACGUGUACCACGACCUUGAUGAACCCGGUGCAAAGCGAGUACAGGAGGUGGACGCUCUACGGGGGGAUAAAGGAGCCCAGCUAGCAGCAGAGAAAAUGGGCAGUGGGGAGACAUCAUUAGGUGAUGCUCUGUGGUGCUGCGCCAACCUCUACAGUGACAUCAAGCUACGCCUCUCACACAAGCGACUCAUGAUCUUCACCUGCAGGGACGAACCACAUGGGGGCGACAGUGUGAAGGACCGACAGGCUCGCACCAAGGCCAGUGACCUCAAAGAGACUGGUGUCAUCAUUGAUUUAAUGCAUCUGAAGAAACCAGGCGGUUUUGAUGUCUCGUUCUUCUUUCGUGACAUUGUAAGUCCUCCUGAGGAUGAGAGCGAGCUGGGGCUGCAGCUGGAGCCUUGUGACAAACUGGAGGACCUCCAGAAGAGGGUGCGGGCUAAGGAGCAGAAGAAGAGAACCUUGGCCAGGUUAAACUUGUGUCUUGGUGAUGGUAUAAAUGUUGCUGUGGGGCUUUAUGCAACUGCUGUGGCAGCUCGGAGACCAGGUGCCAUCAGACUUUACAGGGAAACCAACGAGCCAGUCCGAAGCAAAACCCGCACCUUCCACACCCAGACUGGCAGCCUAUUGCUGCCCAGUGAGAUAAAGAAAGCCCAGACCUAUGGUAAGAAGCAGAUAGUGAUGGAGAAAGAUGAGGUGGACGCCAUCAAGAAGUUUGAAGAUCCUGGGCUGUUUCUGAUCGGAUUCAAACCGAUGGAGAGGCUCAAACUUCACCACCAUAUCCGACCUGUUGUCUUCCUCUAUCCUGAGGAGGAAGAAGUGAACGGCAGCGCAUGUCUGUUCUCUGCCUUGUUGACGAAGUGCAGCGAGAAGAAUGUGUUCGCUCUGUGCCGCUGCGUCUCUCGCCGAAACUACCCACCUCGAUUUGUUGCCUUGGUGCCUCAGAAGGAAGAAGUAGACGAGGGGAAGGUACAGAUUACACCACCAGGUUUCAACAUCAUCUACCUGCCAUACGCCGAUGACAUACGGACAUUGGAUCCUCCGCACUUUCCAUCUGCCUCACAGUUGCAGGCGGACAAGAUGAAGGAGAUCGUCUCCAAGCUGCGCUUCAAAUACAGGUGUGAUGCUUUUGAGAAUCCAGUCAUCCAGCAACAUUACAGGAACCUGGAGGCUUUGGCUCUGGAUAUGGUGGCUCCAGAGGACACAGAGGACCUCAUCAUGCCAAAGGUGGACCAGAUUGACUGCCGUCUUGGUUCUUUGGUCCAGGAGUUUAAAGAUCUGGUCUACCCUGCCAACUACAACCCUGAGAGCAAACCAACCACCAAACGCAAAUCAGCUGAUACAGGCAGCGGUGCUGAGAAGAAGCCUAAGGUGGAGGUGCCAGAGGACGAGCUGAGGGCCCAUGUGCAGAACGGCACGCUUGGAAAGCUGACCGUGCCCGUGCUGAAGGAGGCCUGUAAGCAGUUUGGGGUUCGGACCACUGGGACCAAGAAGCAGGAGCUGAUAGACGCUCUGACUGCCCGCCUGGGCCCAUGAGGAGUUAGAUGUGCACCCCAUUGUGCCUUUGUUAGCUUAUUCAGAUCAGCAGGUUUGUGUUGUUUCCAUGUGUAGAAAUAUCAUCUGCCACUUUGUGCGAACAAAGUUAAAUUUGUUAUCUAUUUUAAAAGUAGAUAAAGGAUUUCAAAUUUACUGUGUGUUUUGUAAAUUUCAGUGCCCCACACUAUGAGCAGUGUUCCCAAAAAUUUUCCUUGUGUGCUUGCUAAGAUUAAAAUUGUUGCUUUACCCUGUUUGUGGCAGUCCCACAUUACAUGAAUAAUGUUUGAAUAUAACAAAAACAAGUCUUUCUUGUGACCAAGUACUCUGAUACUGAAUGUGGGUACAUCAUAAAACAAGUUUUGUGUGCAUCAAAAUAAACUGUACACUAAACAUAGUUAUAAAAAUACUGUACUUAGUGAUGACACUUGUUGAUAAACUUGCAUUUGCAUUAAUAAAUACAAAUUCUAACAGUCCUGAA